AUGGUAUUUGAUAUAGAUGAAGAUUUAGAGGGUAACACUAUUAGCCCAGAUGGCGAUGUCCGGGUUGAAGCACCAAGAUCUGGUAUGGAAUUUCCUAUUGAGAAUGAACUUACGGCCUAUUAUAAACAAUAUGCCGAGCAAGAGGGAUUUGGUGUAAGGACACAGAAGACUAAAAAAGAUGAUGAUGGGAUGCCCGUUUAUGUUACUAUUGGAUGUGCCCGUAGGGAAAAAUACCAACCUAAGAACAUUAAUCCCUCGAAACCACGUACAACAACUAAGACGGAUUGUAAAGCAAAGGUAAAUGUGACAUUGAACAAGAAUGAAAAAUGGGUUAUCACCACAGUUGAAAAUGUGCACAACCACAUUACUAUCAGCCCCAAUAAAUCAAGACUCUUGCGAUCUCACAAACAUUUAGAUGAAUACAGUCAAAGGAUUCUCGACCUUAAUGAUAGAGUAGGUAUUCGAAUGAACAAGAAUUAUUUCUCUCUUGUCGUUGAUACUGGGGGUUUUGAGAAUUUAGAUUUUCAAGAGAGAGAUUGUCGAAAUUUUAUUGAUAAGGCGAGACAUUUAAGAUUGGGUAAAGGAGGUGGCGAUUCCCUUUAUGUGUGCUUCCAAAGAAUGAGAAACCAGAAUGAUAGGUUUGUUUCUGCCAUGGAUGUGGAUGAUGACGAAAGGUUACUGAAUAUAUUUUGGGCUAAUGCACGGAGUCGAUCGGCGUAUGAGUAUUUUGGAGACGUUGUAACCUUUGAUACAACAUACCUAACAAACAGGUACGGAAUGCCUUUCGCUCCAUUAAUUGGUGUUAACCAUCAUGGACAAUGUAUACUACUAGGGGCAGGGUUGUUGUCAAGCGAGGACACGUAUUCUUUUGUUUGGUUAUUCCACAUGUGGUUGGAUUGCAUCAAUGGUCGAGCGCUGAAAGCCAUUAUAACCGACCAAGACUAG